AGGUGUUUUUCUAGUUUGUAUGGAUUGUCGGUCUAGUUUGUCAUUUUUGUCCACCAUGUUCGUAAUGUUUGUAUGUCUAAAAAACAACCGGGUUGACUUUGAGACGGAGCCCUCUAUAUAGGGAUGAAGCCUCCAAAGUCAACCCUGGUGUUUUUCUAGUUUGUAUGAAUUUUUGGUCUAGUUUGUCAUUUUUGUCCACCAUGUUUGUAAUGUUUGUAUGUCUAAAAAAUACCCUGGUUGACUUUGAGAAGGAGCCCCUCCAUAUAGGGAUGUAGCCUCCAAAGUCAACCUGGUUGUUUUUUUUCUUUUUGUAUGGUUUGUAUUGUUUGUCGGUCUAGUUUGCAUUUUUUGUACAGUUCAUAUGUUUGUAAUGUUUGUAAAUCUGUUUGUAUGUUUUGUCGCUCUAGUUUGUACUGUUCGUAUGCUUGUAUGGUUUGUACUGAUUGUAAGUCCGGUUUGUAUACUUCGUAAUUUUCCAUUAUUCCCAAACUACCACUGUCAUUAAUUAAAUAGCCCUUCCCACUUUUUAACCAUCAGAUUGAUGUGUACAAAUCUAAGGGCUGGGAGGGGCUUAGUCAAGUGACUAAGCACCAUAGUUAGUAAAAUACGGUACGGGAAAGUUACGUAUAAAAUAUGUACGGGUAUUGUACUUCGUCUCUCAGCUAAUAUUACGUUUAAUAGUACGUUAGUAGUCAUAAAUAUAUAAAAUUAAUUAUUUUUAUAAAUAAAUAAAUAUGUAAAAAAUAGUAAAGUUAAUAAUUUAUUUCAUUAAAUACGGAUAUUAAAUGUGUUGUACGGGUUUUGUACGUGUUUAGUACGAGAGCAGUCAAAUGAACGGAAACUAAUGAAACGACUUGACAAUAAUACGGAUACAGAAGUUUUAAACGGAUAAAGUAUGUACGGGUACAUAUACGUGUAUUAAACGGAGUAUUUACUAACUAUGCUAAGCACUCCCUUAGUCACCGGAUCCUCUCUUAAUCCAUAAUCCAAUUACACCCACCUACCAACCUAAUCCAAUCCAAAAAUAAUGUAGUUGAAUUUGUACCAACUUAUUAAUAAGAGGAGUGAAAUAAAUCUUUUUCACAUAUUUAUACAGAUUGCUUUAUCAGAUGGGGGAAAAGAAAUUUCCAUCAACUCUAGACAAAACCUCCGCCGUGGAGGACGAGAGGGAGGAUUGGGCUAAAUUUACGUUGGGCUUCGGCGGGAAAUCAGGACUAUUGGAUCAGUUCGUGGGCCAACACUCGUCUAAGCCCAUUUCACGUGGCGGGAAAGCCGACCGUUGUCCAUUUGGCGGUAAAAUCAGAAACCUGCGCUCACUGCUCCGUUUCCAAUUGGGAGAAGGAAAUCCCUGUUCCUUUCCGAUCAAGGAAAGGAUUCCAUAUUAGUUUCGGUAAAUCAUUUCCUCUAUAUAAUGGAACACCCACUUAACUGAAAUCACGAUUUCUUUCCGGCAAUUUCCUUUUCUUACUCCCGUUGGCCGCUACGCUCUGUUCUCGCGCAGCCGCUCUCUGUUUCAGUCUCUCUGUUUCCAGCCACCGUCACGAUGGCUCUUCCGCCGUGCUGGAAUCCAGGGAAACACAAGGAGCUUCUCUACAAGCCGCAACCGGAGUUAUUUGAGAUCAUAGAGUGCGCCAUGACCCUCGCUGCUAUCCGCUGGCCGAAGCAGCUCCGGGCUGAAAAAGCCCGGAUUCUCGGCGCCUUCGACAUGUCUCGGCGCUCCGCCGUAGCCAGGGAAUCGACGGCGACGAAGACGACAAAACCCAUCAACGCCGGCGACCACCGCGUGCAAGAAAAGGAGGAAGCAGUGGAGAAGCCAACAAGAACCAUCGAUGUGAAAAUCGACUUGCCAGUUCGUGAUCGCAGAUUGACGUCAUCCGACCUCGCCAAACCCGAGCUCCAAAACCCAUCAACGCCGGAGACGAAGACGACAAAACCCAUCAACGCCGGCGACCACCGCGUGCAAGAAAAGGAGGAAGCAGUGGAGAAGCCAAGAAGAAGCAUCCAUGUGAAAGUCGAUUUGCGAGAUCGUGAUCACAAAUUGACGUCGGACUCUGCUAAACCCGCGCUCCAACUCUGCCAAACCGGCGCUAUUUCGACGACAGCGAAAAGAGUGUCCUCUGAACCGAAGCUAGGCGACGAAGCAAAGGGAGAGUACGAAAGGAGAUUGGAGACCACCAAGAGGAAGCUGCAGAGUGGCUACAGUGCCUGCGAGGAGUCGAGGAAAAGGUCCAAAGUGAUUGACUUUUGGACAGAGGUUCCGAAGAACACGCAGCAACAGAUUCUCUACGACAAAGACGUGUCGUCGGCUGGCAGAUUCAACAACAAGAAGAAGAUUCAGCGCUGUCGUCCACCUCUUCAUUGCUAGGCCUCCCAUGGCUACCUGCUUGCAGAUUUCCGGCGUGUAAUUAAUCAAUUUCACAUUGUCUC